UUUUACUCUGCUGUUUGACUUCAGAUGACGCCUGCGAUCGUUCUGCUGACUUUCUUAGUUAUCCUAAGCCUUGGAAAUCAUGGAUAUUCCACGUUAUUGGAUCCCAAAUGCCUUGAACCGAACGGAUUGAGGGUUGUUGGUGGUCAGGAUGCUCGAAGGAGCCCGUGGAUGGCUUACUUGAUUCGAAAUGGGAGAUUCGCAUGUGGCGGCUCACUGAUUGCCCACCGCUUCGUUUUAACCGCUGCCCAUUGUACGCAAAUCAACGACUCCUUAUUUGUGAGAUUGGGGGAAUACGAUUCGUCGAGGACAUCGGAUGGCCAGACCAUAGACUACGCAGUUGUUUCCAUAUAUCGUCAUGAGAAGUACGUAAACUAUCGAAACCAUGAUAUAGCUGUGCUUAAAUUGGAUCGACACAUCGUCUACAAUGCUUUGAUCCGACCCAUUUGCAUAUUUAUAAAUCCUGGACUCCAGUUUUUAGCAGACAGUAUACAUAAUUUUACUUUAACUGGCUGGGGUCAGAUAGACCCACAUUUUAAGAUGCCCACCACUCUGCAGGAAAUGUCCCUACGUCGAGUUAGAAAAGAGUAUUGUGGUGUUCGAGUUCCUACAUAUGUUGCUGGAAUCCCGCGCAGUUUUCCUGCUCCGGUGACUCAGGAAGUCCAUUGGGUGCACAUUUGCCACGCGGACAGAGUUCUAUAUAUGUUCAAUUUGGGAUAGCCAGCUUCGUUACGGGAAAUUGCGAUGGCUUUAACUCAUUUUUGGAUCUCACGAGCUAUAUGCCAUGGUUG